AUGAUAAUCCUCGAUAUGCGACCAUUACGUUUAGUUGAAGGCACUGGAUUUGUACAGUUAAUGAGCUUUGUUGAACCUUCAUACAAAGUACCAAGUGCCAUGCACAUGUCUAAGUUAAUUCACCAGAAGCAUAGAGAGUCACAAAGAAAGCUCAAGGAUCUAUUGAAGAAAGAUAUGUCAAGUAUUUCAUUAACCACUGACAUUUGGACCAGUGGUUCCAAUGAAGCAUACAUAACUGUAUCUGGUCAUUUUAUCUCUCAAGCUUGGCAAUUAGUAGCAAUUGUACUAACAACCAGUGCCUUCCCAGAACGCCACACAGGAUUGGAGAUAUCUCGAAAGCUUGUUGAAAUUGUGAAGCAGUUUGGAAUUGAAGAGAAAGUUGUCUGUGUUGUGCAUGACCAAGCUUCUAAUAUGAUACUAUCUAUGGAUAUUCUGUUGGAGGAUAAGGAGUGGAGUAGUCUUAGAUGUGGAGCUCAUUGUUUGCAACUAUGUAUUAAUUCAGGGUUGACAUCUGUGUCUGCUAUUGAUCGUACUGUAGCAGCUGCUAAGAAACUCGUUGGACAUUUUCGUCACAGUGUAGUGGCCUCCGAGGCACUUAAGGAAAGGCAACAACAAAUGGGAAUAGAGCAAAAAAGGUUAAUUCAAUCCUGUGUUACUAGAUGGAGUUCGUGUUACGAGAUGUUGUUUAGGUUACUAGAAAUGAGAUUGCCAGUAUUAGCAGUACUUUCUGACGAAAGUGUAACAAAGAGGAAUGAUCGCUAUCUUGACUUAAAGAGUGAGCAGUGGACUAUCGUGGAGGAACUAGUAACUGUCCUUAAGCCCUUACAAGUUGCAACGACUUUCUUACAGUACGAACAUAACUCGUCUGUAUCGUGUAUCUUACCUGUUAUCAAUGGUUUAGAUCUGUCUUUGCAACCAUCAAGUGAUGACUCACCUACAAUAAAGCAAUUCAAAGACAAGGUUCGUGGAGAAAUUAGAUCUAGAUGGUAUCUAAACAACUUGAAUAUCACUAGUUUAGAUGUUUUAGCAUCUGCAGUUGACCCAAGAUUCAAGCAAUUGAAAUUCCUUAAUGAUGAACAGAAGUCAGGUGUCAAGGAAGAAAUAAUACGUAGAAUGGCCGAUCUUUCACCACUUCAUCAAAACCCAGAUGUAUCAAAUGUUGUGAGUCAACCAUCUGCACUAGACAUAUUGUUAGGACCAGAUGAAGUUAUCACUGAGUUUUCUACAUUUCAAGAAGAGGUGGAUGCUUACUUUUGUGAGAAGGCUAUUUCCAGAGAUGUGAACCCUCUAGUUUGGUGGAAAGAUAACCAAUUGCGUUUUCCAAAUCUGGCAAAAGUUGCUAGAUCGCUUCUAAGUAUUCCAGCUACCUCAGCUCCAGCUGAAAGAAUAUUCUCUGCUGCUGGACUAACAGUCACUAAGUUAAGAUCUUCACUAAAUCCUGACACUGUUGAUGCUCUUAUUUUUUUAAAUAAGAAUCACUAUGUACUUGAUUAA